GCGCACCGCCGGCAGGGUGAGCGAGCCGCCAGCGAAGGACGCGUGCGGGGCGAGGAGCCGCGCGCUGAGCUGCUGCCGCCGCCGCCGCGCCCGACCCCGGCCCGCCCCGGGCUCCGCGCCAGGAGGCGGCGGCCAGGCCGAGUCCCAGCCCGGCGAGCCCGGGGGGACCUCGACGGCACCCAGACCGGGAAGGGGCCGGAGAGGGAGAAGGACGAGGACGAAGGGCGGCUCGCCGGGGCCCCGGCAAUGGCGCUCGACUUCCUGGCUGGAUGCGCUGGGGGUGUGGCCGGCGUGCUGGUGGGACACCCGUUUGACACUGUCAAGGUGAGUUUCUUGUUGCGGCUCUAUCCUGAGGCCCAUGGAGGUCAGGCAUUGGAGAGAGCCCGGCGGGGCGGCAGCUCAAGGCCUCUUUCCGGUGACCACCUUGGCCACACCUGCAAGGGCUUCCUACAGGUUCUAGAAUACAGGUGGGACCAGGGGUUUCUGAGCCGAGUGGGCCUUCCUCGCGGGUUUGCCCCUGCAUUUGCCAGCUGGGGCUGAGCUUGGAGUCCACCCUGGGGCCUGGCCGGCUGAUGGAGGGGCCGAAGGGCAGGUCUCCUGUCACCCGGAGCAGGGGACACCCACGCUGUUCUUAUGCAGAACUCAAGACAGAAAAGCUCAGAGGGAAAAUACAGAAAAGUCACAACUUGUCUGUACUUUUCACGGAGCGGUGUCUGUCCCUGUGGAGGAGCUGAGGAGUCAUUGCCCCAGGGCUGCUGAGCACCAGCCAGGUGUCUGGCUCCCGCGGGUGGCCGGGGCGGGCACUCUGUUCCUCCUCCAUAAGCCCGGCACCUCGACACUGUCUAGCUCCCCGUCCUCAGCCCCUCAGAACAGGAACCGGGGAAAUCCAUGCUUCCAGUUGGAAAUUCCCAGCCAGGACUUUCCCCAGUUGUUGCGGUUUUCUGUCCGUAACCAGCCAAGUGGGGACCCUGCCUGCCGGCUUCACCUGGGAGCCAGGGCGAGCUGGGAGCAGCUGGGCACUAGGCCAGACCUUGUGUCCCGCUGUAAACGCUAAAGUCGGCACCUCUUCCUGUUGGGGCGAGGGCACAGCUGGGUUUGAGGUGACUUCCUUCCCGUCUCCUCUUUCUUUAGGAACUCAGGUGCCCUCUGACCAAGAAAAGCAUUUCCUCCAGCACAGGCUUCAGGGCCGACCUUAAAAAGUUCUGUCCUUGGGCCUGGUGCAGGUUCAGGCCCCCCUGCCGGCUGGACCUGCUGAGUGACAGUGGGCCAGUCACCUUACUUCUGGGCCCAGACAUUCUCAGCUGCAAAAUGAAUGGAUGGGCAAGACGACCGAGGCCCUGGAGGUGCCUGGCGCCCCACAGGAGAGUGUGUUGGUGAAAUGCUGGUGCUGUAGAGCACGGCUCUCCUCCCGGGUCACUGUAGGCCAGUUUGUGGAGGAGGUGGAAGGGCCACACGGCAGCCCCCAAGUUCCCUGCACAGGCCGUGAGGGAGCCAGUCCACACAACUGCCCGGCCUUGCCCAGCUGGCCACCCAUGAGGCCUGCCCACAGUCUGGAGCGGCCCAGGACAGCCUGGCAGUGUCCACGUUACACUGUGUCUCUAUCUUGUGGUCAUGUGUUGUUAAUGCCUCUUGAAGCUGCCCAGCCAAGAAAUGCCUGGAUUCACCUCCUCAGCCCAGCUUUCCCGAGGCCUCUCUGGGCUGUGACUCGGCCCAGGCCUGGCCAGGCCUUCUGCAGCUCCCACUGGCCCCCUCGGUCAGUCCCCACCGGGCUGGGGAGCACUUUGCCUGGUGCCUCCACCUCCCUCUGAGCUCCCGAGCCCUGACCAGCAGCCCCUCAGUAAUUCGGCUGCAGGAGUCUCUCCACCCCACGGGGUUCCUGCCCCCUGGCCCCCUUCCCUGGAGGAUGGUCUUUGAGGAAAUCCAUUUGUGACCAUUUUUUUUUUUUGCCACUGUGGCCCACUGGCAUCACAUCUGGGCAAACCCAUCUUAAAAAGCCAAGUUUUUAUUAUGAAGGGGGGGAAACCCGCCCCCUCUAGUCAUCGCUGUCACUCAACUCUGUGACCCCUCUUGUCCCGCCCGUGGCCUCACACGACUGUGCUGUGCUGAGUGUGGAGCACACACAUUUGGUUUAAUUUAAUGCUGUAUUGCCAAUGGCCUUAUUUUUUUACUGGCUGUUUUCCAUUAUAAAAGUUAAACAUUCUCAUUAAAAGAAAAUUGGGAAAUAGAGAAACGCAAAUUCUUUCCUUCCACCAGACACAUGCGUUUUCACAUUUUUUGCAUUCCCUUCAGAAUCCCCCUGCACCACUGUGCCCCCGUCGGCAUGCAGUAUUUUUUAAAUGUGUUUUAAUCAUCAGAUACAUACACAUUUUUUUUGUUGGCUUUCUACUACAAAAGUAAUGUAGGUUGUAAAAAAAAUUGUAACCAUAAUAGAGACAUACUAACAAGAAAAAAAACACUCCUUCAUAUAGGCUUUCCCCCACCCUUGCUAAUGAUUCUAGUGAAAAACAGAAAUGCACACAGACCCAAAGUAUUCCUUGCUUUUGGCAAAAGUGAGGUCUACUUCCUAGCUCUGCGGUUGUUGUUGUUUUAAUUGAAAUUUAACUCAUGUGGAAGAUGCCCACGUGCUAAGUAUAAAAUCUGUGCAUGGUCCUGAAGCACACGCCUGGGAAGAGGCGGGAACAAGGCCAGCCCCCGAGGCCCCGGCUCCCUACGAAACUCCCCCUCCCCUCCUCCAGCCGCCCACCGUCCUAACUUCUGACAACGUGGUCCAUUUUGCCUUUGCUCGAACCUCAUCUAAUGGGACCUGUGCUCCGGAACAUGUGAGGGGACACCGUGUUCCGUGUCAGUCCACACUGCCUCAUGGCCGGGACAUUUGCAGGUCGUUCCUCCAGGCCCUGGGGACCAAAAUUUGAGUCCAAAAUUUGGUUUUCCUCUGUUGUGCUCAAAACUGAAGCCCCAGUCCUCAGACACCGCCUUCACACGUGUUUCUGUACGAAGGUAGUCUUCAGUCCUGCUUCAAGGGACACGACAGUGAUCAGGGACACUGAGUCCGCUGUCCGGGGCGGGGAGGGGUGGGGAGGCCGGGGGCUGGCGGCGGGGCUCCGCACCUUGGACGCGAUGUUGAAAUGUUGUGUUGUUUUAACGGCCUUUACUUUCUGAGCCAGGGGCGGUCUCCAUCCAUAGCAAAGUGUAACUUUGUUGUAGAUGAGCGUAAGCCUCACCCCGGAGAGCGCUAGUCCUGGCAGAGCUGGGCAGCCGGGGCGGAAGGGGUGCUGGGGUGAGCCGCCACAGGAUGCACCCGUCUGUCAGCUGCUUGUCAGCAGCGGCUACCAGCUGUUAAGGUCCUCGUGUGCAGAGAUGGGACUUUUCUUUACAAGACGAUUUCUGUAAGUGCAUUUGCCAAUAGAAAACCCACCUGUUCUCACCAGCCGGCACCCCCACCCCUGGCCCCAGCCACCACAGCUGCCCAUGUCCCCGGAGAGGACAGCUUUGGCUGAGUGGGUUGCAAAACAUCUCUGAGCCUCGGUCUUCCCAUCUUUGAAAUGGGAGUGGCCGAACCCCCCUCAGCCAAUGAUUACUAUGUGCAAAGCCCCUCGGGUGCUGCCCGGCACAGAGGGACACCUGUGCCACGGCCCUGCCUGCAGUGAUGAUUUCUGAGUCAGAGCUGGGGACCAGCUCCUAAGAAUGUGACUUAACCUAACUCACCCCCCACCCCAUGAUCCGGAUUUUGAGUUCAGGAUGUGCCUCUCGUUCCACGCUGUGGGGCCUGCGUAUCAAGCACAGAUAAGCUCUCGGUCAACAAAGAACGCUUUCACAGUAAGAGGUUCUGGACCGCUGGGCUCCAAGGGUGUCUGGGCCUGACCCCCAGGUCCCGCAGUUGCUGAUGUGGUCCCCAAGAAGGCUGUCAGCUGCUCUCCUGUCACCGCUUUACUAAUUCAUGACCACUGUCCUCACAAGGGGCAGAAACCACGCAGGCGUCCCUUGGAGCCCGAGGGUGCCUCGCUGCCAGCCCCUGAUGCACGGAGUUGCAUGAUGGGACACUAGAGCGGGGGCCCUUUGGCAUCAGCCAUGGUUUGCCACCGGGAAGGUGGGGAGCUGCCUCAUGCCCCACUGUCUGUGAGAUGGUGGGACAAGAGGCGUGGCCUCUACUUGUCUAAGAUCUUGGAGGGCCCUGCCUCCUCUGCACCGAUGCCCUCCUUGAAAAGGCGCAGACACCCAGCCCCACCCCACCCUGGAAUUCCAAAGCCACAGAAAGCUACUUGGCUCCCUGCCUCAUGGGUCGGGCCUCGGGCCUCCUGGAGAGGGCCUCCCCUGGCUAUCCUGAGCGCUGGGCCACGGGAGCUGGGUGCUCUGGCCCCGGCUUGCCCACCUUUCACUGGGCCCUCUCCUUCCAGGUGCGGCUUCAGGUCCAGAGCAUGGAGAAGCCCCAGUACCAAGGGACUUUGCACUGCUUCCAAUCCAUCAUCAGACAGGAGAGCGUGCUGGGCCUGUACAAGGGCCUGGGCUCGCCCCUCAUGGGGCUCACCUUCAUCAAUGCGCUGGUGUUCGGCGUGCAGGGGAACACCCUCCGGGCCCUGGGCCGCGACUCGCCGCUCAACCAGUUCCUGGCGGGCGCGGCGGCGGGCGCCAUCCAGUGCGUCAUCUGCUGCCCGAUGGAGCUGGCCAAGACGCGGCUGCAGCUGCAGGACGCGGGCCCGGCGCGCACCUACCGGGGCUCGCUGGACUGCCUGGCACAGAUCUACCGGCAGGAGGGGCUGCGCGGCGUCAACCGGGGCAUGGCGUCCACGCUGCUGCGCGAGACGCCCAGCUUCGGGGUCUACUUCCUGGCCUACGACGUGCUGACGCGGGCGCUGGGCUGCGAGCCGGAGGACCGCCUGCUGGUGCCCAAGCUGCUGCUGGCGGGCGGCACGUCGGGCAUCCUGUCCUGGCUCUCCACCUACCCCGUGGACGUGGUCAAGUCGCGGCUGCAGGCCGACGGGCUGCGGGGCGCCCCGCGCUACCGGGGCAUCCUCGACUGCGUGCGCCAGAGCUACCGGGCUGAGGGCUGGCGCGUCUUCACGCGCGGCCUGGCCUCCACGCUGCUCCGCGCCUUCCCUGUCAACGCCGCCACUUUCGCCACCGUCACCGUGGUGCUGACCUACGCGCGGGGCGAGGAGGCCCGGCCCGAGGGCGACGCUCUGCCUGCUGCCCCUGCUGCCCCCGCGGGGCCGGCCCUGGCUCAGCCCUCCAGCCUGUGACGCCCGCCCCCCCGGCCCGAGGAGCCCGACCUCCCCAGGGGCCGCUUUCCAGAAAUCCAACACAGACAGAAAUUGGCCCCCAGCCCAUCGCCCUGCCCAGACCCCAGACGCCGUGGGCUGUGGACUCUGUCAGACCUGGGUUGAAUUCCGCUCAUCCCCUGGGUGACCUUGGCCACCAACUUGACCUCCUCAGUUUUCUCAGCUGUGAAAUGGGGAUCCUCAUACUCACACUGUAGUCUCGAAGCUCAGAGAUGGUGCCGUGCAGCGCCCAGCACUGAACCUGCCACUAUUACUUGGCAUCUUCCAGAAACCCAGCCCUUCCCUGGGAUCUCGGCCACCACCACCACUGGGUCUCUGAUGACCCACCAGAGGGCUACCCAGUGACUCACCACCUGCAAACCCUCCACCUGGCAGAACUCCAGGGACAUUUGGCCACCUGUCCAGGCUGUGUUAGGGACAGAGUGGCGGCUUGGGUUGCCCCCUGGUGUCAUAGAACUGAGUCCUCUGCCGAAGCACCCCAGCUUCUCCAUAUGGCACUGCUGGGAACGCCCCUACUACUGCCACUCCCCUGGAGGGUGACCUGGGGACCCACUAAGAAGCCAGGGGACCAGGGGCUGGGGUGGGGGUACAGCACAGGCCAGUGGGAGGAGAGCUCAACCGUCAAACAGGCCGUGGCGAGGGGAAGCCUUUGCACACUCUGGGCCUCAGGCUGCCCGUCUGUAAAAUGGGGAUGUGGGUCAGCUGGUAUCUGGGGCUCUGGCCCACUCCUGGCCAUCUCCCCAGAGCCUGGUGUUCUGUGAGGCCUGUCAGUGGGCACACGUGUGGCCGGUUUGGGCCCCUCCAGGCCGAGGGGGCUCUGCCUGCGCUCCAGGGGCUGUCAUUAGAAGCUGGUGCUUUGGGGUGAGCUGGGGCAGCCCAGGCACAUCCGGUACGGUGUGGCCAUGUGGCUGUAUGGGGAGGCGAAUGGUUUUGCACAGGUUGAAGGUGACCGUGGCCUCCUUUGCCCUGAGUGGGGCUCAGCCUCCUGGGCUAUGUAACAAGCUCUCCGGGAGGCAGGCGGUACUCGAGGAAGACAAGACUCACGCCUGUGUACAUGGUGUCAUUGUACAGAAACCACCAAGGGAAUAAAGAAUUCUUUGUUUUUUUAA